AUGUCGGACUCGCUGGCCGUCCCAUCCCUCCCCACGCUCCCGACAGAGCUGCAGGCCUGUGUGCUUUCGCUCCUUCCGGCCCGCAGCCUUUGCUGCGCGGCUUGCUGCUGCUCCGCUUGGCAGGCGGCCGCGCCCGAUCUGGCUCGCGAGCGGCUGCGGCGGCUGCUGCGGCCGGACCGGGCCGGAUCUGUCGACGGCUGCCCGUGCCUGUUGCCCGCGCUGCACGCUGCCGAGCAGCUGCGGGCCAGCGUCGGCCCGUGGCCCGCCGACCGCGGGUGGCGCGACGAGUGGCCAGCGCUGAGGCUCGCGCAGGCGCGGCUGCUCGCGGCGAGCAAGGGCGAGGAGAGCCUCGCCUCGCUCGAGGAGAAGAUGCGGCUGAUGGGCGGGCUGGGCGCGGUGCGCGCCUUCUUUGCGCCCGGCAACGGCGGCUCGGUCGAGACGGAGGCGGCGCACUCGUAUGCCGGCUCGCUGGCGUGGAAGGCGGAGGCGGGGUGGCCGGCGGAGCGGGCGGUGGAGGUGUCGCUCCUUGCGAGCCGCUGCGCGGGCGCCCUGACGCGCUCCAUCCUCGAGCGGCGGGGCGAGCACGCGGCGAGCUGCUGGACGCUCUGCCUCGCCCUCUGGGAGCGGGGCUGGCGGCAGCCGGAGCAGCCGGCCCACGCCGGGGACGCGGCCGCGCCUUGCAGCUACGCAGCCCUGGGGGGCGAGUUUGGUCUCGCGACAGCGGAUCCCGCGUGGGAGGCGCUGCGCGCGCCCGGGGCGCGGCCCGGCCUCUCCCUCGUCGCGCGCAACGUCGCCUUUGCGAUGGAGGCCAACGGCGCCUCCUUCCCCGCGCGCGGCGACGGCGCCGGGCGCGGCUUUUGCGUGCCCGUGACUGGGCAAGGCCGCGUGACGUACGAGCUCGUCGACUCGGACGUGGCCUGCUUCCACGCCUCGCGGCCGGCGGCGGACGCGGCGGCGGACGCGGCGGCGGGCUGGGCGGCGGAGGCGGCUGCAGCAGAGGCGUCGGAGCAGGCGGCGGAGGCGGCGGAGUGGGCGGAGGCGGCGGAGCAGGCCGCCGCGGCGGUGGCUGCAAACGAAGUGGCGGAGAUGGCGGCGGAGGUGAGAGCGGCGACGGCGGUGGAGGAGCGAGGAGGAGAGCGGCCGCCGGCGGUCGCGCGGGCUAGGCCGUCACCACGGGCCGGGCCGAGGCGCGAGCUGGUCGGCACGGAUGACGCGAUCUGGAGGCUGCCGCCGUUUGCACGCGUGACGCUGGUCGGCAUCCGGCCGAGAGGGGCGUGGUGCGCCUACAGUCGCGGCAGGCCGAUCCAACAGCGGUGCUUUGAUGUGGUGGUCGAGUUUUGA